AUGGAGAACCAGCACCUAGAAUCUGAAUCAAAGGGUGGAGGAGCGAGAGCGCCUCCAUUUCCGGUGGAAGAAGAAUUUAUUAACGAAGUGCUCUCAAAAACACCUUUUGUAAAGGGGUCUAAUCAGAGAGUGGAGACAAAGAAUAAGAGAAUGCAAAAAUCAAAGACUGAAUCAAAGGGAUGUGAUUCAAUCAAAGAGAGGACAACCACUGUCCAACAACGGAAUGCUGGAGUGAAUAAGGUGCUCCUGCGAGAAUAUGGUGAGAUCUCUAACAAGAGAUCAAGGUCGUCGACGACAAGUAGCGAGGUGGAUCAAUACAUGAAUUUGAGGGAUAAAAGUCCUAGGUUGAGUGAGACAGGUCGGCUAGGUGGUGCGCCACUGGUGAAGACAGUAGAGAGUGGGGACGACAAUGGUAAAAUAGAGAAGUCCAACGAUGAUGUUUUAGCAGAAGAUGGCGAGUCAUUUGAGAACCCUAUUGUUCCCUUGGAGUGCUUUAUUUUUUUAUAG